AUGCGCUCUAUGCUUAAGCGAGCUAGAGCUGGUGAUGUUGAUGUAAGUGGCUCUUCUUCAAUUCCUGAUGAUGAACAGGCGGGUGAUGCUGAGCACACCCGGCAUCCGCCCGGGAAAAUGAGCCUUAUAUGUUGGAAUGCUCGAGGAUUGGGGAACCCUCGAGCAUUCAAUUGGCUUUCAGACAUGAUCAAGUCUCACAAACCUGUUCUUAUUUUUUUGAUGGAAACUAGGCUUAAACCGAAUUUGGUAGAUAGGUUUAAAGCUUUGUUAGGUUUUGAUUUUGGUCUUGAAAUCUCUAGGCAGUAUUUUGGAGGGGGUUUACUUUUGUUGUGGAAGGCUGAUAUUUCUAAACAUUUUACUUGGAAACUUUUACAUGAUAUUUAUUAUAAUGCUUCUCAUUUGCCUUGGUUAAUAAUGGGGGAUUUUAAUAGCUAUCUUUUUAGUACUGAUAAGCUUGGGGGUCAGGCCUCUGAUCAGGUUGUUAUGUCUAUUUUCUCAGAUUUUAUCAAUAAAUUUUCUAUGUUUCCUCUUCCUUAUGUGGGUUGUAAAUAUACUUGGACUAAUAAAACUAUAAGUGAACGUUUAGAUUGGGCAGUAGCUUCUGAGUCUUGGUGUGAUCUUUUCCCUGAAAAUAGUCUUCAUCAUUUAGGUUAUUAUGAGUGUGAUCAUCGUGCUUUAAAACUUCUUCUUGCAAAUGAUGCUAGUAGGCCUAUUAAUUUGUUAAUAGGAGGUUCCGUUUUGAAAAUAGAAAUAGAGAAUUUUCAAAAUCAAGAUGUCCUUACUCAGGCUGAUAGACUUCAUCUGAAUAAAUUGAAUUCAAUGUUGGAUGCUCUUCUCUAUAAAGAAGAAGUCUAUUCGAAACAAAGGGCUAGGGUGAGGUGGCUUAAUGCUGGAGAUAAAAACACUAAAUUUUUCCAUAAGCAGGCCACUAUUAGGAAGAAGACUAAUGCUAUAAAGUAUCUUAAAGAUAAUGAGGGUAAUGUGGUUAAUAGUCAAGAGGGGAUAGCUAACUUAGUUAUCUCUCAUUUUUCUGACCUUUUUAGUACUCAGGGUUGUAAUGUUGAUGCUGCUGCUGCAAUUUUUGAUGCUUUGGGUCCUGGGUUGGAAAUUCCUGAUGUGGAGUUUCUUGAGCAGGAUUUUACUGCAGAAGAGGUUAAAAAGGCUGUUUUUCAAUUGCUUAAAAGGAUUUUAGAUAAGAUCAUUUCUCCUUUCCAAAGUGCUUUUAUUUCAGGUCGUGGUAUUUUUGAUAAUAUUAUUAUUGCUAAUGAACUGGUGCAUGCUAUUAAUAAUAGAAAAUUUGGUAAAAAAGGUUGGGCUGCUUUGAAACUUGACAUGGCUAAGGCCUUUGAUAGGGUUGAAUGGAAUUUUUUAUGUAACAUAAUGUUUCACUUUAAUUUCCCUGUUCGUUUUGUUUCUCUUAUUCUUAAAUGCUUGUCCUCUGCUUCUAUUUCUUUCUCUAUUAAUGGUUCUGUGCAUGGUAAUGUUAAGCCCACUAGAGGUAUCAGGCAUGGAGAUCCUUUAUCUCCUUACUUGUUUAUUUUGUGUGCUGAAGGUCUUUCAGCCAUUCUUAGGAAUUAUCAUCAUAGGGGUUUGCUUCAUGGUAUUUCAAUUUCUAGAAAUGCCCCUCCUAUAUCCCAUCUACUGUUUGCUGAUGACAGUAUUUUGUUCUGUGCUGCUGAUCGUAAUUCUUGUCAUGCUUUGCAGCAGGCCCUCUCUCUGUAUUCUCAAGCUUUGGGGCAGAUGAUUAAUUUCACUAAGUCCUCCAUUUUGUUUUCUCCUAAUACUCAAAAUGAUAUUAGAGAUCUAUUUCUUAGGACUUUCCAGCUUAAGGAUAAGCCGUUUAUCACUAAGUAUCUGGGGUUGCCACAAUGUCUUUCUCGGGCAAAAUAUCAGUCUUUUACUUUUUUAAAAGAUAAAGUUUCUUCCAUUAUUCACUCCUGGCACCAUAAAUGGUUUUCUAAAGCAGGUAAGGAGACUCUAAUCAAAGCUGUCCUUCAAGCAAUCCCUUCUUAUGCAAUGUCUUGCUUUCGCAUUCCUACUAGGAUUUGCAGGGAAAUUGAGUCUCUUAUUUCUAAAUUUUGGUGGGGAUCUUCUCCUGAGGUUCGAAAAGUACACUGGAAAAACUGGAGAAUGGUGUGUCAGUCUAAGUUUGUUGGGGGUCUUGGAUUUAGAUCUUUAAUUCAUUUUAACCAAGCUAUGCUAGCUAAGCAAGCUUGGCGAGUCUUUAAGUGUCCUGAUUCUCUUCUCAGUUUAGUGUUAAAAGCCCGUUAUUUUCCCAAUUCUUCUAUUCUUGAUGCUGGCCCUGGUCAUAGUCCAUCUUAUACUUGGCGCAGUAUCCUUUGGGGAAGAGAUUUAAUGAAGCAAGGUCUUAUUUGGAAAGUUGGUGAUGGUUCCACUAUUCGCACUAUUGAAGAUCAUUGGCUUCCAAACUGUCGGGUUAAGUCAUAUUCAUCUCCCCCUCCCUCUGAUUCUACUCUUUCUUUUUUGCUCUCCCCAUCUGGAGCUUGGGACCCUAUUAAGCUUCACCAGUUUUUUGAUGAUCAGCUUGUUGAUCAUAUUCUUAAUUUUCCCAUAUCUGGUCAUGGUUGUAGUGAUGAUCUAAUUUGGAGUAGGAAUUCUUCUGGUCUUUUCACGGUUAAGUCUGUAUAUCAUUUAGCAGUCACCUCUAGUGAUAUUCCUUCUUCUUCAUCUUUUGAUCAGAGUAAACGUUUCUGGUCUAAAAUUUGGUCUUUCUCGGUUCCUUCAAAAGUUAAACACCUGGUGUGGCAUGUGUUAUCUAAUUCUGCCCCAGUUGCCUCCCUUUUAUUUCUUAGACACAUUAUACCUUCUCCUAUCUGUCCCCUUUGUCAUUUGAAAUGGGAAACUGUGGAGCAUGCUUUGCUGGAGUGUAAUGAACAGGUUCAAUUAUCACAGCAUGAAGGAUGGAAAGUUAAUACAGAUGCGGGUGUUAGUAAUUCUGUUAGGAAGCACAGUUUGGGCGUGGUGGUUACAAAUGAAAAUGAUGAUAUUAAGGCUGGCUUAAUUAUACCUAUUGUCGGCUCAGUUCCACCGGAGGUUGCGGAAGCUAAAGCUAUCUUGACUGCUAUUUCUUGGGUGCAAGCCACCAAGCUUCUUGUUAAUGUUUUGCAAACUGAUUGUAAAAGCAUAGUAGAUAAAGUUUAUAAUACUAAAUGUCAUAAUUCUGUUGUUAAUGAUAUUGUCACUUGUAUUAAGAACUCAUUGUUGUUCAGUCCUAAUCUGGUCAUAGUCCAUGUUCCUCGUGAGCUUAAUAAAAUUGCUCAUGUGUGUGCUAGGGUUCAGUAUACUGUUGUUAAGUUUUAG